UAGCAAGAUAGCAGCGAUUAGAAAUUGGUCGACGGCCCGCACAAUGACAAAAUUGCGGUCGUUCUUAGGCCUAGCUAAUUAUUAUAGGAAGUUCGUGAGGAACUUCUCCACUAUCGCCGCUUCCCUUCGCAGGUUGCUCAAGAAAGAUGCAAUCUGGAAGUGGGACAAAGAUUGUACAUCCGCUCUUAAGAAGUUAAAGCGAGCGUUGAUAAAGUACCCUGUCCUCAAGGUGGCAGAUCCUUCCUUGCCAUUUGUCGUCACCACGGACGCAAGUCAGUAUGGUAUAGGCGCCGUGUUGCGGCAGGAUGACGGCAAUGGCUACAAACCCGUUGAGUUCAUGUCAGCGAGGAUGCCAUCAGAGAAAGUAGCUACCUCGACUUACGAGAGGGAACUCUACGCUCUCAGGCAGGCUUUAGAGCACUGGAAGCACUAUCUACUUGGGAGGCACUUCAAAGUUUAUUCAGACCACGGGACUCUUAGGUGGCUGAAAACGCAGGCUAAGAUGACACCUGAGCUAACUAGGUGGGCCGCUGAGAUAGAUCAAUAUGACUUUGAGCUCAAACCGGUUAAAGGCAAGUAUAAUGUAGUUGCAAAUGCUCUAAGUAGGAGAUCAGAUUACUUUGGAGCUAUAGCUCACUAUAUGGAUAUGAGGACAAACCUGCAAGAGGAAGUAAGACAAACGUUCUUAGUACGUAAAGGUGCAGCUGGGCUCACGGCAACGAAGAUGGAGAACAAGAUUGGUCUGAGAAUGGUUCAGAAUGGGGACAUUCAACUGCAGGCCGUUUUUGUUCCAGAGGAAGAUCGGCUCACUGGCGUCAGCUCAUUUCAAGAUACGAACAAGGUCCUUGCUGGCUCGCGCGUCAUGGUUGCAUGGCAACCAGUCGGGAUUGUAAUGGGCGUUUUUGAUAUGUGUAAUAGGUAUCUGAAGGAGAGGAGACAAUUUGGGGUUCCCUUGGCAGCAAUGCAGCUUAAUCAGGAAAAGCUGGUUCGGAUGCUCGGCAACGUGCAGGCAAUGAUUUUGGUGGCAUGGCGAGUGUCUAAGCUCUAUGAGGAGGGCAAAAUGACCCCGGGCCAUGCAAGCCUUGCCAAGGCUUGGAAUACACAGCGUGCGAGAGAAACCGUGGCCCUCGGACGUGAGCUUCUUGGUGGAAAUGGCAUCCUGGUCGACUACCUUGUGGCAAAGGCUUUUUCAGACAUUGAACCGAUCUACAGCUAUGAGGGGACAUACGACAUCAAUGCCUUGGUCGUGGGACGAGAGGUGACAGGGGUGGCAAGCAUGAAGCCGCGACUUCCUACCUCUUCUCGGGAGCAUUUUUAAGAUGCGAUGUGUAACGUUUCGCGUGAUUCUGACUCGACAGUGUACCUUUUCUUGCAUACGCGUACACCAAGGAGGAAGACUAACGCCAAGGAUCUAGCAGGGUGGGCGGGCAGACGGGCUUAAGCCGCCAGUACACUGUCCCCAGCCUUGUGGAGAAAUCUUUCAUCACCUACGAAAAUUUUGGAGGCUCAGGCCUACCGAACCACAAUGGCUGGCGGCGGCAGCCAAAAAAAAAAAAAAAGGUGCAUCACUGGCGGGUCUGUUGGCAGUUGGGCAUAGCUUGGUGGGUAGUGGAAGGUCGCCAGGCCCGGGUGUACUUGUGGUUUAAAAAAGAGAAUAAUACCCAUAUUCCGGUGCGUUGGACUGAACGGCCCGUGCAUUGGCAACUGUUUAUGGUGGUAGAGAGGGGACUCUACAAGAUGUAAAUCCAUUAAGCAAGCAAAGGGAAUCCGAAACAACUUCAAUGACGUAAACUGUAGAUUAGUUCGGCAAUUUGGCAAUUGAGUUGAACUGACACAGAAGUGAUAUAAUCUGCCUAGGCUGCCAUCGGUGAAAAGAAAAGAAUUGGUGAGAAGCUGUAAAUUACUUGAGCAGCUUGGCUAGUGAUAAAAGAGGUACAGAAUUGCGAAUCGAUCAGUGACCAGAAGUGUGACCAGAUGGAAUGAAGCAGAAGCAUCAUUCAUGGCUCUGUUUAUGGUUUCACCAGAAACCGAGAACCGCCUGGUUUCUGCACAAACCAACCCAUGAAGUUUGUUUUUCCAGAUUCCCUUCUUUUUCCUUUUUUUGUUUUAGAAAAAUGGGCCCUUACGGCCCCGGCUCCUUUCCACUCUCAGAAGCGACAGUGCGGUUCCGAUUUCCCAGAGUCCUGCAUAUCUCAAGGUUUCCUUUUGGGGAGUCCAUCGAUUUCCCAGAGUCCUAAUAUCUCAAGGAUUCCGUUUGGGGAGUUCACCCCAACGACUUUGAAGUUUGAACGCCAUAAGGCUCAGUGUAAUAGUUCAUCCAAACAACUUCGAAGUUUGAGUGCCAUAAUGCUCAACGUAAUCGAAUGAUUAGGCCUCCAUUGGUUGGAGUUCUGUGCAAUUUCUAGAAGGAAAGUGGCUGCAGCUGUUGCAUGGCACGUCAGUUUCCUGGCUUUCGUUUGCAGCUGCAGACCACCAACGAGUUCCCCCCCCCCCUCCCCUCCCCAAGUUGUGAGACAUCCGACUCCUUUUCGUUUUCUUGCAAAGAGAGCUGGCAUCCUGUAACAUUACUUAACCGUCUGGAUUUGAACCCUGGACCUGUUGAUCAGGAGUUCACACAGGCAUUAUUCAACCACCUGGAAGCAUAGGCGGAGAUGUGACUGCUCUCCCAGGUUUUGGAAUCGCACACAGACUGCCAUAAGGGCAUACUGACACCAGCACUUUACUAAAUGUAUUUGACUGCAAGUACGGCCAGACCUGGAUGAACUUGACUGCAAUCACUUCCAGGAACGGCCUAAAGCAUCACUGAGUUCAAUGGGGACUUCAACGUCCAUAAUCUCUAGAUAAAUAUAGAAAUCAGCAAAUUGCAGUCUAGCCAAGUGUGCUGUUCUACAAGGCCCAUUACUACAUGCUAACCUACCUGAUACAAUCCCACCUGCAGCUAAGAUGUUAUCGGGCACAUGUCUGUGUGUGUGCAUGGGAGGGAGAGACAACGUGGGAGGACAUAUGUUAUGAUAGGUGUGUGUGUGUGACAAGCGAGAGAGAGACACAGACCAGACAGAUGGAGAGACAGACAGGCAGGCAGGCAGACAGACACAGAUGAACCGAGCUCAAUAGAAAGA